AUGGCGGUGAGUGGGGCGUUGUCCCGGGAGCAGCUGGUGGGCUGGUGCAGCCAGCAGGUGCGGAAGACUUUCGGCCUGGAUGUCAGUGAGGAGAUCAUACAGUAUGUUUUGUCAAUUGAGAGUGCUGAAGAGUUACGAGAAUAUGUUACUGACCUUCUUCAGGGAAAUGAGGGCAGAAAAGGUCAAUUCAUAGAAGAGCUUGUAACUAAAUGGCAAAAGAAUGAUCAGGAGCUGAUUUCUGAUGCUCUGCAGCAGUCCUUCAAAAAAGAUGAAAUUUUAGAUGGGCAGAGGUCAGGAGACCAGCUAAAGAGGAGUAGGCGGAAAGGGAGAAACAGACAGGAAGUUCCUGCAUUUACUGAACCUGAUACAACCAUAGAGGUCAAAACACCUUUUGAUUUGGCCAAGGCACAAGAGAACAGCAGCUCCUUAAAGAAGAAGACGAAGUUUGUCAGUUUAUAUACAAAAGAGGGACAGGACAAGCUUGCAGUCCUGAUCCCUGGUCGCCACACUUGUGAUUGCCUGGGCCAGAAGCACAAGCUGAUCAAUAACUGUCUGAUCUGUGGGCGUAUUGUCUGUGAACAAGAGGGUUCUGGCCCCUGCUUAUUCUGUGGUACUCUGGUAUGUACUCGUGAAGAACAGGAUAUUUUACAGCGUGACUCAAACAAGAGCCAGAAACUGCUGAAGAAGCUCAUGUCAGGGACAGAGAAUUCUGGAAAAGUGGACAUCUCUACCAAGGACCUUCUUCCUCAUCAAGAAUUGCGAUUUAAAUCUGGUCUGGAGAAGGCUAUCAAGCAUAAAGACAAACUGUUAGAGUUUGACAGAACUAGCAUUCGAAGGACCCAAGUCAUUGAUGAUGAGUCAGAUUACUUUGCCAGUGAUUCUAACCAGUGGUUGUCCAAAAUUGAACGGGAAGCCCUACAGAAGCGAGAGGAGGAGCUGAGAGAAUUUCGACAUGCCUCUCGGCUCUCGAAGAAGAUCACCAUUGACUUUGCAGGCAGGAAGAUCAUGGAAGAUGAAAAUCCUCUAACUGAGUAUCACAGCAAACUAGAUGAGGCAAUACAUGCCAUUGCCAAUGGAACCUUGAACCAACCACCGACCAAAUUGGAUAGAUCUUCUGAAGAGCCUUUAGGACUUCUGGUGAAUCCCAACCUGUACCAGUCCCCUCCCCAGUGGGUAGAUCAGACGGGUGCAGCCUCACAGAAGAAGGCUUUCCAUUCAGCAGAAUUUCAGGAAGGCUUUGAUGGUGGCUGGUGCCUCUCUAUGCAUCAGCCUUGGGCUUCUCUGCUUGUCAGAGGGAUUAAAAGGGUGGAGGGCAGAAGCUGGUACACCCCACAUAGAGGACGACUUUGGAUAGCAGCCACAGCCAAAAGACCCUCUCCUCAAGAAGUUUCAGAACUCCAGACUACAUAUCUUCUCCUUCGUGGGAAAGAUGUGGAAUUUCCCAAUGACUAUCCAUCAGGUUGUCUUCUGGGCUGUGUGGACCUAACUGACUGCUUGUCCCAGAAGCAAUUUAAGAAUCAGUAUCCAGACAUGAGUCAAGAAUCUGAUUCUCCAUUUGUUUUCAUCUGCACAAAUCCCCAGGAAAUGAUGGUGAAGUUUCCUAUUAAAGGAAGUCCAAAAAUCUGGAAACUGGAUUCCAAGAUCCAUCAAGGAGCAAAGAAGGGGUUAAUGAAGCAGAAUAAAGCUGUCUGACCCAGGAAAAAAGGAACUAUACAGCAUAGUGGAGUUUUGUGUACUAAAAUUGCUAUCCACUGGUCCUUUGGAAUUGAAGCAGUAGACAUCUA